AUGCCCACCUCCUCUGUUAGUUCUGCGAAGGGGGUCGAAAUGGCAGACCAUAAGGAGCUGGCCGCAGCUCUUUAUGCGCGAUGCCUUUCCGAUUUCCCUCCCGAUCACUUGUUCUACCAGCAAGAUUUGCUCAACUUGGGUAUCAUCCCCAAAAAUGACCUCUCCCUGUUAAUGAAAUGUGCGCAGUCACUCGUGGACCAGAGCUUGAUGCGUAUACUUUACGGAAGUGAUGACCGUCUUGCUUGGAAAAUCAUUGCGCAGGCAGAUGCCGAAAAACUUCAAAACCUCAAUGCGGAAGAACGUCUCAUUUACAGCGUGGUCGAAUCGACGGGCCGCGGUGGUGUUUGGACACGAACAAUCAAAACGCGCACCAAUCUUCACCAGACCAUCGUAAACCGCUCCCUGAAAUCCCUGGAGACGAAAAACUACAUCAAAUCCGUGCGCAAUGUCAAAUAUCCGCAGAGGAAAAUGUACAUGCUGUCCGGCCUGCAGCCAAGCGAAGAUGUUACCGGAGGUGCAUGGUUUACGGAUGGAGUUUUGGAUGUUGACUUUAUCCGCGGUAUAGGGGGCUGGAUUGAACACUGGGUGAGCUCGAGAAGCUGGUUUGACCAGGCAGCUGCAGAGCGUAAGGUCAAGAGACAGAAAGUCCGCCAAGAUAGUUCCAAGGGUGAACCCCAAUAUAUACCAUACCUACCGUCCUACAGCGGAUAUCCGACUGUGACGGAUAUCACGAACGCCAUCAACAACUCGGGCCUUACCCCCGUCACUCUGUGCGAAUCUAGCAUCUCACAACUGCUCGAGAUGCUUUGCUUUGAUGGGAAACUGAUCUCACUUCGUGACGGAGCUGCAUACAAGAGCGUCAAGAAACCAAACCAGAUAUCCCUGCAGCGCGAUCUGGGUUUACAAACAGGCGACAAAAAGGGCGGAAACAACGCGGAUCAGGAUAGCCUCAUCCUUGGUGGAAAUGGCAUGACAGAGGCUCCGUGCGGACGAUGUCCUGUGUUCACGCUGUGCCAGGAAGGUGGUCCGGUCAAUGCAACGAAUUGCGAAUACUUUGACGAAUGGUUGAAGAAAUCGAUGGCAUUUUGA